AUGUCCUUCAGGAUUCCCAAUAAUUUACUGCAGGUGCUGGCAGACUACACAUCUCAGGCCCUGGGUGCCGCACACGAUAUAUCGGAUGAGUUCGAGGAGGAUAUAAACGAACUGGAUUGCCAGGCCAAGCGCAUUUGUGUGAUUCUUCGGAUCAUUCGCGAGAGCGCGCACCGACAGUCUUCAGCCGAAGGGGGGAAUGCCACUUUAGGAGGUUGCGAGUCACCCAAACCCAUAGAAGUUGCCCUGAGAGGUUUGGGUCAUCUUAUUCAUGAAUUCACUGGGCUCCCAGACAUCGGCUCAGCGCCAAUGGGAAGAGAAGGACAGAGACGGGAGCUCACGGUUCAACCACUUGGAAAGCCCGUUUCGUUAGCGGAAGCGGCAUUGGAAUUAUUUGGGCACAAUACAAAAAUUAUUUUUCGAAGAAAGGAUAAACGACCUCGUGAUGCAGCGAUUGUUGAGGGCAAAACCGAACGACGUGGCACGGUAUACUCUCGGUUAGCUACCUCACAACGUAAGCGGCGGUUUGCCUUAUAUACAGCUCGGGUGGCUUUAUUCCCUGAUGUUUUUCAUACCCCGACGUUGUCCCAAGAAGGUGGUGAAGGCGAGAUGCGACCAUUUGUGUCACCUGCCGUGAGAGAGUUUGCGGAUCUCAACGUUGAAGCGGAGCGGGAGAUGUUUGGGUCGUUUUAUAGGUUAGACACGAAAGCGGAACUACUUCGGGAGUGGCCUUCACUUUUUAGUACCGUUGAACAUCUUCAGGGUCUCUUGCGCGCUGAGGGUGUGCGAUUUAUUCCCAGUGAAGCGAUGAAACGGGAGAAUUUGGAGGGGCAGUUACGCUGGUUUGAGUUCCCAUUCACAGAUAAUGGUGUUGUACGAAUGAUUGUGAAGCAUGUACUGGCAGUGGAUUUUACGUGGGAGUUGCUGCAGAGUGGGCGCUGGCGGGUACUUGGCCUGCAUUGGUUAUUGAAAACCCGUCCACCACCGGCAUUUCUGCUUCCUCUCGGUUCAGGCGGAUGUGAAGACACAAGCAACCUCUGGAAAGAGAAGGCAUCUUCCCUCCGUGCCACCACUCUCCGCGUUGAGCCGGCGUACUAUGAGGCUGCGUUGCGUUUUUUGACCAACUGUUUUGAAACUGGCCUCGAGGGCGGUGCUGUGGGAGCCCUACGUUUGGCGGACGCGGUGACGAUGGAGGUCAUUGAAACUCAGUGCAGGGAACUUAAGGAGAACUUUUUUGUUGGGCCGUUGGAACCAUCCUUUGCUUUGGAUGUGCGACCAGGAACACACGUAUCACUGGCAUUGAACUGGCCUCACAAUUCGUCCUUUUACUCAACCACGGCGCCGUUAAACGAAGAAGGUGGUGGCCCAUUGUACCUCAAGUACAAAUUGCGUAACGGCACUGUCGUGUUUGAGAAGAGGAGAGGUACUGACACCCAGGCAGCUGUUCAAUCUGACUUCUACACCGAUUGCUUGACCAUCGAUGACGGACAGUCGGUUGUCGUUGUUGAUAUUGAACGUCAGUUGUGGCAGUUUAUCUGUGCGUGA